UGAGAACACACCGGCUUGUCGCGUGAUACUAUAUGCACGGUACCUGAUUAACGAUCCCCUUCGAAGCUCGCCAGUAUCCAUGAGCGAGAAGAGAACGCCACCACCAAUGGCAACGAGCGAGCUGGGUACGGCGGUGGGUAACCACACACGCCUCAAGUAUGCUGCUGGAGGAGAAUCGAAGUUGACCUUAAUGGCAUUGUCGGGUGUGGCUGCUACCUAUCUAAAUGUUAUCUCGCUUAUUGGGCGCUUAUUCUACAAGGAUACGGUCUGACUCUCGUCUGAGGAAUCUGAGCGA